AUUUAGCAAACAACAUCAAAAUUAUCAAGCGGGUCGGGUACAGCCGAUAGAGAAGAAGAGACCAUCGGAGCCGAAAAAGCUUCAGUUCGCCGGCGAUUGUUAGUCGGAGAAUUCCAUUUUCCCGGUUCCUCAGAUUCUUCCUGUUGUAGGAUACUCAAACUUCCUACUUUAUCUUCACUUGAUGUCUCGGAAGCGUAAUGUCAUUGUUGCCACAGGCUUGCUAGUCUUUGCAUCUGCUGGCUUAUCCUUUCCGUUUUACAUGGCGUCAAGAUCAUCAAGGGCAACUCCAGUCAUUGAUUCAUCAAAGCCAUUGCCACCCCAGGCGACGUUUCGUGGUCCUUACAUCAACACAGGAUCGCGUGAUAUUGGACCUGAUCAUCAAACAUACCCUAAGAAAUAAUAUCUUUCUAGAUUAGAUAUUAGUUUUGCUAGUUAUUGAAGUCACUCUAGAUUUCCCCUUUCUUUCUAUUUAAUGAAAAGAGAUAAUAACGAGAGUCUGUUGAAACUGGCUCAGGAGAAAUUAGAAUGUUUGAGAGUGAUCCAGGAGCCCCCUAGCUGGCCUGGACACCAUUGUUAUCGAAAACUCUGGAGGAAAUUUGCAUGUUUGAGAGUGA